AUGGGUAGAAGGAAUAGCACACAUGUGUCUGACUUCAUCCUCAUGGGACUGACAGAUUCUGAAGAGAUCCAGCUGGUCCUCUUUACGCUAUUUCUCCUGAUAUACCUGAUCACUGUGUUGCUGAAUGCAGGGAUGAUGUUGGUAAUCCACCUGGAUCUCCAGCUUCACACCCCCAUGUAUUUUUUCCUCAGUCACCUGUCAUUUCUUGACCUCAGUUACUCAACCGUCAUCACCCCUAAAACCUUACAAAACUUACUGACUUCCACCAAGUAUAUUUCAUACCUGAACUGCUUCACCCAGAUGAAUUGCUUUAUCUUCUUGAGUGCCACUGAAUGUUCUCUUCUCUCCUCAAUGGCGUAUGAUCGCUACGUAGCUAUCUGCAAUCCUCUGCAUUACCCAGUUGUUAUGGCCACAAGACGCUGCUGCUCCCUAGUCUUUGGUUCCUAUUUGAUUGGCUUUAUGGACGCCUUUGUCAAUGUGCUUUGCAUGAGCAGAUUGCACUUCUGCAACUCGAACAUAAUCUAUCACUUUUUCUGUGAUGCACCCCCAAUUUUAGCUCUGUCCUGCACUGACACGCAUGACACUGAAAUCACGAUAUCCGUUUUCGCUGGCUCCACCCUGAUGGUAUCUCUUCUCACAAUAUCUGUGUCCUAUGUGUGCAUCCUAUCUACUAUCCUGAAAAUUACUUCCACUUCAGGGAAGCGAAAAGCCUUCUCUACUUGUGCCUCCCAUCUGCUGGGAGUUACCAUCUUUUAUAGUACUCUGAUGUUUACUUAUUUAAAACCAAGUAAGUCCUACUCCUUGGGAAAAGAUCAAGUGGCUUCUGUUUUUUAUACUAUUGUCAUCCCCAUGCUGAAUCCACUCGUUUAUAGUCUUAGAAACAAAGAAGUAAAAAAUGCUCUCAUUAGAGUUAUGCCAAAGAGAAAAGGCUCCAGGCAAUUAAAAUAA